AUGUCUGAGAGUUCAGGUGGGAGAAAGUCAGGACCCCCCUGCCUUUGGCGGGAAGAUACCGAAAGUGAUGAGCCGAGCCUGUAUGUAUGUUCUAAAGGUGAAAGUUUCCAGUCAGAUGUGCUAGAGGUUGUGGCUGAUCAAGUUCUGGCCCUGCCUCAGAGGCCAAAGGUGGGCUCAAGCAAUCAGGCAGGAGUUGUUGUGCGGUUGUGCGUGGGCGUGCCAGCACGGUCUACCGUGCGUCGAGAUGAUGAUGAGGUUCGGGUAGAAGAUGGUUUAAAUGUUGCGCCUGUUUUGCGUUCGACUCCUAAUCAAACGAUUGUGGGCCGAGUGAGGAACGAAUCUCGGCCGUCAGGUUCACGGCCUGAGCUACAAGACCGUUUAGUGGUGGUGUUGGUGGUGGGUUUUAGGCGGUGCUCCAACGCGAACGAUUGUGGCGAGUGA